AUGGAUGCCGCCGCCCAGGAAAAGGACAGAGGAGGAAAAUGUCCAUUCCAUCCACUUACUUGCAAAUGUCCUUCACGUCACGAGUGGCAAGACAAUAUUGAAAAGGAACUACAAGAAAUGAUUCGCAGGGUAGAUCAAAGAACAGCCUUUCUUAGAAAAUGGAUGGAUAAUAUUACAGAGGGAAUGAAACGCUUGGAUACGAAGAAGUCGCUCGGUCGUGAGUUAUGGCGCAACAUAUCUGAUCUGGGAAUAACACGGCAAAGACCUACACGUCGAGGGACAAGAGCAGGACAGCGCAAACAAAGGCAGAUUGGGAUUUGCAUGGGGAAUGGAGCACGCAAGAUUCAGCAAUUUCCGAACUUUAAUGGGUGUUUCUUUGCCAGGAACUUAAUCCUUCACAGGAAACCUCAUUUACAUAACCAACUGGCGAACAUAUUAAAUAUUCAAAAUGACACCUUUCCACGUAGCAAUCUAAACAACUGCAUUGUUAUAGAUUGCACCAAGGAAAACAGAGCAGCCAGUACUGAAUGGUCACCCAAAGUUCCUAAGAUCAUGUUAGCGAAUGUCAUGUCUUUAGCCCCCAAAAUGGAUGAAGUUAGCGAGUUUAUCACUCGUAAUCAUAUCAACCUUGCGUUCGUUACGGAAACCUGGCUAAAGGACUCUGUGUUGGACACCGUUGUUGACAUCCCCGGGUUUGCUAUUGUGCGUGAGGACAGGAAGACACUAGAACACGGUGGUGUGUGUGUCUAUAUUCAAGAAAAACGGUGCAAAUAUAAACAACUGAACGAUUUAAAGUGCUGUGAUAAUCAUGAGACAUUGUGGCUCCAUCUAAGACCAAACCGCCUCCCCCGGGGGUUUUCCUGCAUAAUCGCGGCAGUGAUCUAUCACCCCCCCAAGGCCGAUGGGACAUCUAUCCGGGAGCAUUUGUUCCAGUCCCUCGUCCUAGCGGAGACGCGAUAUCCCAACUGUGGAUUGGUCGUCACAGGGGAUUUCAACCGCUUGGAUAUUAAGGGCUUGCUGAAUCACUUUCGUCUCCAGCAAAUAGUUCAAGUUCAGACCCGGAAGGAUGCCAUAUUAGACUUGGUGCUCACUAACAUGCAAGAAUACUAUAAUCCGCCACAAGCCUACCCUCCAUUCGGGUUGUCGGAUCACAACGCUGUUGUUGUGUCGCCAAAAGAUGGUAAACGUGAUGUAAACAGAAAGCACGUUGUUAAAAGGCGUGACUUACGUGAGAGUAACAAGGCUGCCUUGGGGAGAUAUCUAACCUCUAUUGAUUGGCCUUUAUUGUUCGCUCCUACGGUUAGUUGCCAGGAAAAGUGGGAGAUUUUCCACACUGCUGUACAUACAGGGCUUGAUAUUCUGAUGCCUGAGAAAGAAAUUCGCACCUGUAGUGCGGACGCUCCUUGGAUUGACCAUAAGCUGAAGUCAAUGAUACUGAAAAGACAAAAAGCGUUCAAAUCAUAUGGCGGCGACUCUGCCCAAUUCAAGAUCUUCCGAAAUCUGGUUAACCGGGAAAGAAAGGCAUGCAGAGCUAAAUAUUAUGAAGUGAGAAUUCAGAAUUUAAGACAAGAAGCCCCAAAGAAAUGGUGGGACGAAGUAAAGCGUCUGAGCGGCUCAAAAAGGAAAAAUGGCGACCUUUUGAGCCAGAUUGACGUGGAAGGUUUUUCAGAAUUGUCAUUAAUAGAAAAGGCCAACACCAUCAAUGCCGCGUUUUUAGAACCGCUGGAGGAGUACAGACUGCCAACUCCACUAGAGUUUCUCCCCAUGGAGGCGAAUACAACACCAGAGAUCCUGCACGUGGGUGAACAACGUGUUCAGAAGGUUCUGUCUCACCUUAACCCUGGGAAAGCGUGUGGGCCUGAUAGAAUUCCCAAUUGGCUACUGAAGGAAUAUUCAGAUGCAGUGGCUUUCCCAGUGACAGAAAUCCUUAAUGCCUCCUACUCCGAGCAGCAUUUACCAAAAAUGUGGAAGUUGGCUGACGUAACACCCCUGCCCAAAAAGAAAUCAGUAAAGGAACUGAAAAAGGACCUAAGACCUAUCUCGCUUACUCCAUGCAUUUCUAAGGUCGCAGAAGGGUUUAUUGUGGACGACUACGUCAAACCAGCAGUUAUGAGUAUCAUUGACGACAGCCAAUACGGGGCAAUACCAAACUCUUCCACGACUAUGGCCUUAAUUAGCAUGUUACAUAAUUGGUCAAUUAACACUGAUGGAAAUGGCGCUACUGUAAGAACAAUCGUAUUUGAUUAUCGAAAGGCCUUUGAUUUUAUCGACCAUGAAAUUCUGAUUAGAAAACUGCGUACUAAGUGUAAAUUGCCAGUUAGUAUUACCAAUUGGAUAGUUGAUUUUCUUUCUGAUAGAUCACAAAGAAUUAAGCUGGCUGCGGAGUGCUUUUCGGAGUGGGGAUCUGUGCCCUCCGGAGUACCACAGGGCACAAAAUUGGGCCCAUGGUUAUUUGUGCUUAUGAUAAAUGACCUUGAAAUCGCGUAUCCACUAUGGAAAUACGUUGAUGAUACAACAGCCUCGGAGAUGAUACCAAAAGAGAGUGAAAGUCACGCCCAAAAUAUAGCAGAUUGUGUUAUUGAGUGGUCACGAGAAAAUAGAGUUCACUUGAAUUCUGAUAAGUGCAAAGAGCUUCGGAUCUCAUUUUCUAAAAGGCCCGGGUUCUUUGAUCCCAUAGUAAUUGAAGGCAAAGAGUUGGAGGUAGUUGGUAGCGUAAAGAUCCUGGGCCUUAAUAUAGCUAGCGAUUUGACCUGGAACAGUCAUAUAUCAGAAGUAAUCAAAAAGGCCAGUAAGAGGUUGUAUUUUUUAGUGCAACUAAAGAGAGCUAGGGUUCCCUUACAAGACCUAGUACUUUUCUACACAUCAUGUGUAAGAUCUGUAACAGAGUACGCGAUACCUGUCUUCUAUAAUGCGCUUCCGCAAUAUCUGAAGAAUGAGCUUUUACGUAUUGAGAAACGGUCAAUUUCCAUUAUAACUGCGGGUGAUUGCGCGGUUGCUCAAGAUUUAGGAAUACGACCCAUCUUAGAACAUUACGAAUUUCUAUGUCAGAAGCUUUUUAAAGGUAUCUUAGACAACCCUAGCCACAAGUUAAAGGCGCUUCUUCCACCCAUACAUAAACCCAGCUAUAACUUCAAAAAUAAGCGCCAAUUUAAUAUGCCACGCCUUCGCACUUCUAGAACGAUGAACACUUUUAUAUUUGCUAUGGCAAGGAGGUUUAAUGGCUAG